AUAGUUAUACAUUUCGUUUAUCCAGCAGUGGCAUUUAUAUGUAAGUUUAAAGUAGCUCCGUUUGUUCUAGACGAGCACCGCUCGGCGGGCGGCAGCUGGGAGGAGCCGGUGAGCGCGGUGCGCAACGCGCCGCUCCGGCGCUCGCAGCGGCUCAACUCCACCCUGGACUCCAGGAGCAGCGGUCAACUACGCAACACCCUCAGCCGGGCCCGCGAACUAUGCGAGCGCUGGCGCAGCGGCGGCACCACGCCCGCGCCCCCCGCGCCGCCGCCCGAGGACGAGGGCGGGGGGCGCCUGGCACGCUGGUUCAGCGUCAGGAGAGGCUCGACACACCAGUAUGACAUGCACUCACAUGAGAGCGACAAAAUGCCGAAGCUGCCGGAGCUUGAAGAGGAUCUCUUCUCAUGCGGCGGCGAGGUGCGCGGCGGGCGUGUGGCGCCCCCCUCGCUCGCGCCGCCGCCGGACGCCCUGACGGCCGUGCAGCUGCGGCGGCGGCACGUCGUCGCCGCCAUCAUACAUAGCGAGAACUCGUACGUCGCGACGCUGCAGCGGCUCGUCAACGAUUACAAGAAGCCAUUAGAAGAAAGUAGCCCAGCAAUCCUAAACGCGUCGAAGAUCCAGACGCUAUUCCACCGACUGCCUGACAUACUGCAGUGCCACCUGCACUUCCGUUCAGCACUCGCGGACUGCGCGCGGACGUGGGACCGCGAUGAAAAAAUAGGCGAGGUCUUCCUAAACGCGUUUUCCAAGGCCGUGGUGCUGGACGUGUACUCCGACUUCAUAAACAACUUCUCCGUGGCCAUGGAGCUGGCCAAGAUGGAGUCGAAGCGCAAGAGCGCGCUGGCGGACUUCUUCAAGGUCAAGCAGAUCAGCGCGCACGACCGGCUCUCGUUCUUCGGGCUCAUGGUUAAGCCGGUGCAGCGGUUCCCGCAGUUCAUCAUGUUCCUACAGGAUUUAUUAAAACACACGCCUCCAGGACACGCCGACCGCGUUGCCCUGCAGAGGGCCUUGACGAGACUAGAAGCACUAGCUGACGCUCUUAAUGAAAGGAAAAGGGAAGCGGAAAGGACCCAGGCGUUCCGCGCAGCGUUACGGCGGUUAACGCGCGGCGGCGUGACGGGUGCCGGCGGGGCGGGCGGCGCGGCGCGCUUCGGAGCCGCGCGGCUGCUCGCCUCCCGCGCUGACAAGCGACAUCUGCUGCGGCAGGACGAUUUGACGCAGUUGGAAUUCAACCAAUCAGGCGCCCUAUCAAAAUGCAAGCCGCGCCGCCUCCUCCUGCUCAACGACCUGGUCGUGUGCGUGUCCGUGUGCAACAGCGGCGACGACGCGGAGCGGCUCGGGCUCAAGUGGGCGCACCCCGUGCAGGACGUGGACGUGCUCGACACCGGCACCUCGCCCACGCUCAGCCGGGUGCUGGCUCAAGGGAUGAAUCGAAGCGGCAGUCUCCGCAGUAACUCAAGCAGUACGUCGCCGGCUACGGGCGACUCUCUCUGCAACGAGAUGUCGACGUUGAUGCACGACUACGAGACGGUGUCGCGUAUGGCCGACCUCGCUGCAUUACUAAAGACGCCGUACCACGAGCUCGCGCCGGAAAUGUUCAGAGCGCUGUUACAAAAUAUACAGCAGAGUAUACAGUCAAAUAUACCACAACACUUGCCAUACACUGAUCUGCCGUCUACCGGCGACUCUCUCUGCAACGAGAUGUCGACGUUGAUGCACGACUACGAGACGGUGUCGCGUAUGGCCGACCUCGCUGCAUCACUAAAGACGCCGUACCACGAGCUCGCGCCGGAAAUGUUCAGAGCGCUGUUACAAAAUAUACAGCAGAGUAUACAGAUGUCGACGUUGAUGCACGACUACGAGACGGUGUCACGUAUGGCCGACCUCGCUGCAUCACUAAAGACGCCGUACCACGAGCUCGCGCCGGAAAUGUUCAGAGCGCUGUUACAAAAUAUACAGCAGAUGAUCUUUAAUCUACCGGCGACUCUGUGCAACGAGAUGUCGACGUUGAUGGACGACUACGAGACGGUGUCGCGUAUGGCCGACCUCGCCACAUCACUCAAGACGCCGUACCACGAGUUCGCGCCGGAAAUGUUCAGAGCGUUGCUACAAAACAUACAGCAGAGUAUACAGAAAAAAGACGACGAAAUGGCGUGGGUGGACUCAUGCUGCUUACAACUGACGAUCCGGGGCCGCGAGGAGCCGGUCACGUUCCGCGCGCAGGAGCCGGGCGCGCGCCUCGCCUGGGCCACGGAGCUGCGCCUCGCACAACUCGCGCAAGCUUCCGCGAACUCUCCCGCGUGGAGGUUACCUGCGCCGCAGCACCCACCUGCUCACAAGAUGCCGCUUUUCGUGGCCGCCACACCGGUGCACUCUUCCAAGUAUCUCACAGAGGUCCGCUGUGGCUGCUUCUACACGUCGUCGUCGUCCACCCGCGGCGCAUCCAUGCGGCGGGCUCGCUCGCUGCUGUGGGUCUGCGCGGCCGGCUCCGCGCCCGACAGCCACGUGGCCGUGCUCACGCACCGCGCCGCCAAGCUCAAGACGCUCGUCACGCUCCAGCUGCUCGACACCAAGGUGACCUCAAUGGAAUAUGCCAAAGGGAUCCGUCAAGUGACCACGCUGUGCGGCGACACAGUGUGGCUCGGCACUGACGACAAGAAAAUCAUCGUCUUCUCCGGAGUCGAGCCCGAGAAACAGGAGAAGCUGGCCGAAGUCAACACCAUCGCGCCGGUCACGCAGAUCAAGUACCACUGCGACGCGAUGUUCGUGGGACUCGCGAACGGGCGAGUGUCAGUCUACCGAAGGAACCAUGACGACUCGUGGGCCCUUCAGGAACCGCUAGCUAUAGAGCUAGGCGACCAGCCUGUGCACUGCGUACUGCCGGUAGAUGGAAUAAUUUACGCUUCUUGUGGAAGAAGAGUCUUCGCUAUAAACGCGCUGACAGCUGAAAUAUUACGCAUAUUAGAACUUAAAGGUGACAGCGACCGAUCUGUAAGGUACUUAGCGCAUUCUGGCGUCGGACUUUGGGCCGCAUGCACGGAUUCCACGUACGUGAGUCUUUACCACGCUGAAACGUUCGAGCAUCUGCAGAAUAUUGAUAUUGCUGCUGAUGUGGCGAAGACGAUCGGAGCCAGGGAGGGAAGCAAACCCGCCUACGUCUCCGCUUUGCUCGCAGUGCAAGGGCUUCUUUGGGUCGGUACGACCGCCGGCGUUAGCGUCACUGUGCCCCUGCCCAAGCUCGAAGGGUUGCCACUUAUCGGCGGACACAUCGGGGUCUCAUACCACGCACACGCCGGUCCCGUCAGUUUCCUGCUUCCGUUGCUACCGGAGACGAAGGAAGUCGACGUCAACGUCGUCCGACGGAAUCUAUCCAACGCCCGCGCCUACCAAGCCACCCUUUCAGAAAACAGCGUCCUUCACGAAUACAAAGAGGAGAUGUCUAAAGAGGACGGCGAAAAACCCAAGCUGGAGAGGCGGAUAUCGGAGGAGCUGAGUCCGUACCGCCCUCAACGCGUGCAAUCGGCCGUCGUGCGCCGCAAGAAGCCCGGGGACGUCCGCCUCAGCAAAACUCUUCCCAAAUGUGCCAACCUGAACGCCUGCGACGUGUACGGGCUGUACGGUGAUCUCAUGUUCGUGAAAGACUGCGCCGGGGAGAGCGACGUCAGCGGGUCCGGGGGCGAGGCGCUCCGGCGGAGCGACCCCGAGCUGGCGGCCAUCCCGUUCCGCGUCAGCACCCUCGACCGGCGGCUCCGCAUGCGAGCCGGCCGGCCGAGGAGCCUCGACCUGUCGAGCUGGUCGGUCGACUCCCGGGCGUCCAGCCUCUGCACCUCGUCGGGCAGCGAGGAGUCCAUGGCGCUGCGCGGCGUGUCGCGGACGAGCUCGGGCGCGUCGGGGGCGGCCGGGCUGGCGCCCGUGGCGGUGUCCACGCCCGACUCGAGCGCCUCCUCGGGGUCCCCGGGCCCGGCGCUGCCCUCGUGCGCCGCCAGCAAGCCGGCGGCGCGCAGCCUGCGCGGCGCCGACUACGUGGUGGGCGAGGGCGCGGCGCGGCGCUCGGUGGUGACGGUGGUGGGCGGGCGCGGCUACGUGGACUGGCGGCAGACGGCCGACGCCGCCGAGCGCCCCUCGCCCGCCGCCGAACCCAACCCCAAAGACGCCCACCUCAUCCUGUGGGAGAUGCGCUUGUGACGAGACCGCCCGUCCGUCCGUCUCGUUCUAUUGACCCGCGUCGAUUUCGAACCGAUAUGCCCGCACCGAAUAAAAAUUAGAGUAGCGGUCGCUGGAUGACGCUUCUCUGGACGAGUUCGCAUCUCGGUUUGACAUCGCGUAUCAAAUAUUUUGUGUCAUAUUUGAGAUAAUCGUGCUAUUGUAAAUACGUGAAUGCUUAUAGAUUUACGGCUACUCCUGUAGCGUAUACGAUAAAAUAAAUUUUAAUGACUUUGUAUACAAAUACAAAACCUAUGUAAAGUUCGAUCCCGCUAAGUAUGCAAGAAUACGUUCGAAUCUACGUUUAGCUCGACCGAGAAGCUGUACUUCAUAUGAUAGUUAUAUUAGUUAAUGUUUGACUGCAUGCUUUGAGUGUUAUUAGCGCUAAACUAAGAUUUAACGUAAAGUAGAAUAUAGUAAAGGGGAGGGAUACGAUAUACUGAGUGAAUGAUUGUGAUAAGCUUUAAAUUAUUUUUCUAUACUCGGACAGCUAGAAGCCGGUUGGCCCGAAGUUUACAUUGGUUUAUCGUAUCAUAUUUAUGCGCUGGUGCAUUAUUUUUGUGAUGUUUUAUAUUCAAAUGUUAUAUGAAAUUGUGGAUGAUAAUAUAUUGAAGUAAUGC